AUGCCAGCACAAGCACGAGUUGGAGUUUCGGAAGAGCCGGCUUUGUCUACUGGAUUCUCUUCGACUCCCGAGCGUGCGCAUCACGCAGCUUCGGAGGCGCCAGCUUCCGGCAUCUCUUAUGCACCCUCGGAUCUCUUUUCCCCACGCUCCGCUGCCGCCGUCGCCUUGAGCAGCUUUGCGCACCAGUCCGUGGGAACGGUGGCACAUUCAUCAAGCAACACACCGCACCCGCAGUCUGGGCCGCGCCGCUUAACGGUAUCCCCCACCGAAACAACCCGACCUCCCCAUUCCUUCCCGUCACGCUCACACAUGCCCGCCAUGACCAAUCCGAUGCCUGUCAGGACGCCCUUUUAUCAUCAUCCGGUGUGGCAACCUCCGCCUCAAGGCAUUGGCUGGCACGGACACGGACACGGGAAUCAUCCCCACGCCAUGGGACCCCCCACACCCCACGGCACGGCCUUUGCCACCAAUGCCGCCAGAAACAACUCACCGCAUAACAUGCCGUCCAUGCCUCCCUAUUCCUCCGUUUACCCCGCCAACAUGGAAUACUCCCGGAUUCGGUUGGCGGAACCGCAUUCCAUGGUUACGCCUACACCAUCCAAAAAACCACGCAAGGAAACACCCUCCAAGGACAGCUCGUACUCGCGCAAAACGAAAUCCCUAGGAAUGCUGGCGCAAACCUUCCUCAAUCGUUUUCGUUCCUAUCCUCGCAAUACCCUAGUCAUUGUCGACGAAAUCGCCAAGGAACUCGGGGUCGAACGUCGACGAAUUUACGAUGUAGUUAACAUAUUGGAAUCCGUCCGACUCGUCACCAAAAAGGGCAAGAACACCUACCACUGGAUGGGCAUGGAUCAUCUCGACUACAUGUUUGCCCUCGUUCAGCGCGAAGGCUUCCAAUCGUUUCCCUACGAGGCAGUCAAAACGGGUCUGCUCCGCGGUACCCCGACGGACCAAGCCCGAGAAUCAGGUUAUCGGCAACUUCGCAAGGAAAACAGGUCUUUGGCUAAGCUUUCCAGCCAAUUUCUACAGAUCUUUCUGGUCGGCAACGCCAUCCUCAGUUUGCCCGACGCUGCCGACAAGAUCUUUGGGACUUCCGAUCCGACCGAAACGGCCAUCCUCGCGGCCAAGUUUCUUCCCAAAUCCACCGAUGCAGCCGAUCCCAAAGCUCGACUGCUAGCUGAGACACGUGGUGCCAAGACCAAGAUUCGUCGCCUUUACGAUAUUGCGAACGUUUUCAUGGCCGUCGGUAUUCUCGGCAAACACGAACACUCUACUUCGCAUUGCAGGCCCAAGACCCCCAAGCGUCCCAUGUACCGCUGGACGUAUCACCUGAACGCUGUUCAAAUCGCCAAGGUCUUCGCCACCAUGCCGUGUUCUCUCAAGGAAUAUGAUACCCCUUUUCUCCCCUCACACUCGGGCUCCACCUCGCACGACGGAACUAGUCGAGACAGCCCCGUGUCCGCCACUUCCGGCGACCGUAAAAUUAGUCCGUCACCGGAGCUUUCCUCCACCAGAUCCAUAGCGGCGAGUACACCAGCUUUGCCGACCAAGUCCGAUACAACACCUUCAACCUACAAACAGGGCGUCUUGGACCAGAUACACGUGACUGGUGGAGCGUGCGACCACGGUGACCACGUGCCUGACGGAGAACUUGAACCCCGUCGCGUUUCCCUUCCGGAGGAUGAUCAUCCAGGGUACCCUAUCGAUCUUUAUAUUUGA